UGAGGGACACUGAGCCCGCUUCCAUAUCUUGGCCACUGUGAAUAAUGCUGCAGUGAACAUAGGAGUGCAGACAUCUUCACGAUGUGGUGACUUCCUUUCCUUGGGGUAUAAUACUUCUGCACGUCUGCUUCAGGAAGAAAGUGCCUGCCGUUUCUAUUGUCUUGACGCAGGUUCAUGCCAGCCCAGAACAAAGAACCAGGUUAGUGAAGCAGCAGUUGGGAAAAGAAUGGGAAAAGAAAGAGAUUAAAGGGAAUGCUAUGGCACUGAGGCAUGAUAAUAGGAUUAGAAGUGUUCCUCACCAGCCAGCCAAGAUGAACAUGGUGAAGAGGAUCAUGGGGCGGCCGCGGCAGGAGGAGUGCAGCCCGCAGGACAACGCCUUAGGACUGAUGCACCUGCGUCGGCUCUUCACGGAGUUGUGCCACCCUCCCCGGCACAUGACCCAGAAGGAACAAGAAGAGAAGCUGUACAUGAUGCUGCCAGUGUUCAACAGGGUAAGUGCGGGUUGCCAAGCCACACUCCUUCAAGGAAUCAGGAAUAGGAAUUUUAAGUAUCUUCAGUUUAUUAGUGACUUUGCUGCGUGCGGGGUGCCACUGUUAAACCCGGUGGGGCCAGCCCCAGCGGGCGGCCACCCAGCAGUGGAGUGGCUGGACGGCGCUGACCACGGUCCUCCCGUGGGGGGUUGGCGGGGUGUACCCAGUCCCCAGGUAGACAACCCAGCCUUCUUUCUUCAAACAGAAAAACAGUGUGCCCUGCUGUCCCCCAAGGAUUUCAAAGCCACAACACCCUCAGAGGCUGCAAGUCGGGCCAUAGUCCAGUUCCUGGAGAUCAAUCAGAGUGAAGAAGCCAGUAGAGGCUGGAUGCUUCUGACGACAAUUAAUUUGUUAGCAUCCUCUGGUCAGAAAACCGUGGACUGCAUGACAACGAUGUCAGUGCCUUCCACCCUGGUUAAAUGUUUAUAUCUGUUUUUUGACCUUCCACAUGUGCCUGAGGCAGUCGGAGGUGCACAGAAUGAGCUACCUCUAGCGGAACGUCGAGGACUGCUCCAGAAAGUUUUUGUACAGAUCUUAGUGAAAUUGUGCAGUUUUGUUUCUCCGGCGGAGGAACUGGCCCAAAAAGAUGAUCUCCAGCUUUUAUUCAGUGCAAUAACCUCUUGGUGCCCUCCCUAUAACCUGCCUUGGAGAAAGAGUGCUGGAGAAGUCCUUAUGACCAUCUCCCGUCAUGGUCUCAGUGUCAAUGUAGUGAAGUAUAUUCACGAGAAAGAAUGUUUAUCUACCUGUGUUCAGAAUAUGCAGCAGUCAGAUGACCUGUCUCCUCUAGAAAUUGUCGAAAUGUUUGCUGGGCUUUCUUGUUUCCUCAAAGAUUCCAGUGAUGUUUCUCAAACACUUUUGGAUGAUUUUCGGAUAUGGCAAGGAUAUAAUUUUCUCUGUGAUCUCUUGCUUAGAUUGGAACAAGCAAAAGAGGCAGAAUCCAAAGAUGCCUUGAAAGAUCUGGUUAAUCUGAUAACUUCUCUAACAACGUACGGUGUCAACGAACUAAAACCAGCUGGUAUUACUACAGGGGCACCCUUUUUAUUGCCUGGAUUUGCAGUACCUCAGCCUGCAGGCAAAGGUCACAGUGUGAGAAACAUCCAGGCCUUUGCAGUCCUUCAGAAUGCAUUUUUAAAAGCAAAAACCAGCUUCCUUGCCCAGAUCAUCCUUGAUGCCAUCACAAAUAUUUAUAUGGCUGACAAUGCCAAUUACUUCAUCCUAGAGUCACAGCACACACUGUCCCAGUUUGCUGAGAAGAUUUCUAAACUCCCAGAAGUACAGAACAAAUACUUUGAGAUGCUGGAGUUUGUUGUUUUUAGCUUAAAUUAUAUCCCCUGUAAAGAACUUAUUAGUGUUAGUAUCCUCUUAAAAUCUAGCUCUUCUCACUACUGUAGCAUUAUUGCCAUGAAAACACUUCUUAAGUUUACAAGACAUGACGGCAUAUUUAAAGACGUGUUCAGGGAGGUGGGCCUUCUGGAGGUCAUGGUAAACCUUUUACAUAAAUACGCUGCCCUCUUGAAGGAUCCCACUCAGGCACUAAAUGAACAAGGGGACUCAAGAAAUAAUAGUUCAGUUGAAGACCAAAAACAUUUGGCUUUGUUGGUUAUGGAGACCCUGACAGUGCUUCUCCAAGGAUCCAACACAAAUGCAGGAAUUUUUCGAGAAUUUGGAGGCGCAAGAUGUGCCCAUAAUAUAGUGAAGUACCCUCAGUGCCGGCAGCAUGCCCUGAUGACCAUCCAGCAGCUGGUGCUGUCCCCCAACGGGGACGAUGACAUGGGCACUCUCCUGGGGUUAAUGCAUUCGGCUCCACCAACAGAACUGCAGCUGAAGACUGACAUUUUAAGGGCCCUCCUGUCAGUCCUCCGAGAAAGCCACCGUUCGAGGACAGUUUUUAGGAAGGUUGGAGGGUUUGUGUACAUUACGUCCUUGCUGGUUGCCAUGGAGAGAUCCCUGAGCUUCCCGCCCAAGAACGGCUGGGAGAAAGUGAGCCAGAGCCAGGUGUUCGAGCUUCUCCACACCGUGUUCUGCACGCUGACCGCGGCGAUGCGCUACGAGCCGGCCAACUCGCACUUCUUCAAGACAGAGAUCCAGUAUGAGAAGCUGGCAGACGCUGUGCGGUUUCUUGGCUGCUUCUCAGACCUAAGGAAAAUAAGCGCCAUGAAUGUCUUCCCCUCAAACACACAGCCGUUUCAGAGACUGCUAGAGGAGGACGCGGUCUCGGCGGACUCGGUGUCACCAACCCUGCGGCACUGCAGCAAGCUCUUUAUCUAUCUUUACAAAGUAGCCACAGACUCUUUUGACAGUCGUGCAGAACAGAUCCCUCCUUGCCUGACAAGUGAGUCUUCUCUCCCCUCUCCUUGGGGAACACCAGCUUUGUCCAGGAAAAGGCAUGCAUAUCAUUCUGUUUCCACUCCCCCUAUUUACCCUGCUAAAAAUGUUGCUGACCUGAAACUCCACGUGACGACCUCAGCUCUCCCGAGUUCCGAUGCAGUCAUCAUCCACCCUGGGGCCAUGAUCGCGAUGCUGGACCUCCUGGCCUCUGUAGGGUCAGUGACACAGCCCGAACACGCUCUGGACCUCCAGCUGGCCGUGGCGAAUAUUUUACAGUCCCUGGUGCACACGGAGAGAAACCAGCAGGUCAUGUGUGAAGCUGGCCUUCACGCCCGGCUGCUGCAGAGGUGCAGCGCGGCGCUGGCGGACGAGGACCACUCCCUGCACCCCCCUCUCCAGCGCAUGUUCGAACGCUUGGCCUCCCAGGCCCUGGAGCCCAUGGUGCUGAGGGAGUUUUUGCGUUUGGCAAGUCCUUUAAACUGCGGUGCCUGGGACAAAAAGCUGCUGAAACAAUACAGGGUCCACAAGCCAAGUUCGCUGAGUUACGAGCCUGAGAUGAGAAGCAGUAUGAUCACGUCUCUUGAAGGUCUGGGUAGUGACAAUGUUUUUAGCCUACAUGAAGAUAAUCAUUACCGGAUAAGCAAGAGCCUGGUAAAAUCUGCAGAAGGAAGCACUGUACCUCUGACCAGGGUGAAGUGUCUGGUCUCCAUGACAACCCCACAUGACAUCAGACUUCACGGGUCAUCAGUUACUCCCGCUUUUGUUGAAUUUGACACAUCCCUAGAAGGGUUUGGCUGCCUGUUUCUGCCCAGCCUGGCCCCUCAUAACGCCCCCACAAAUAAUGCCGUCACAACAGGUCUUGCCGAUGGGGCUGUGGUCAGCGGCAUUGGUUCCGGUGAAAGACUCUUCCCUCCUCCAUCUGGCCUAAGCUACUCUAGCUGGUUUUGUAUCGAACAUUUUAGUUCUCCUCCAAACAACCACCCCGUCAGACUUCUCACGGUCGUGCGCCGAGCAAACUCUUCUGAGCAGCAUUAUGUGUGCCUGGCUGUAGUUCUGUCUGCAAAGGACCGGUCUCUGAUUAUUUCCACUAAAGAGGAACUACUCCAAAAUUAUGUUGAUGAUUUUAGCGAAGAAUCCUCAUUUUAUGAGAUUCUCCCGUGCUGUGCUCGCUUUCGAUGCGGAGAGCUCAUAGUCGAGGGACAGUGGCACCAUCUGGUUCUGGUGAUGAGCAAAGGCAUGUUGAAAAACAGCACCGCAGCCCUCUACAUCGAUGGACAGCUUGUGAACACUGUCAAGCUUCAUUAUGUUCACAGUACUUCUGGGGGUUCAAGCUCUGCAAAUCCACCCGUGGUGAGCACAGUCUAUGCCUACAUUGGCACCCCGCCUGCCCAGCGCCAGAUUGCUUCACUGGUUUGGCGCCUGGGACCCACUCAUUUUCUAGAGGAAGUUUUACCUCCUUCAAGUGUUACUACCAUUUAUGAACUGGGACCAAACUAUGUUGGAAGUUUUCAGGCUGUAUGUAUGCCGUGUAAAGAUGCAAAAUCCGAAGGGGUCAUCCCAUCCCCUGUGUCGUUGGUACCAGAGGAAAAGGUGUCCUUUGGCCUCUACGCCCUGUCUGUGUCUUCCCUAACCGUGGCAAGAAUCCGGAAAGUGUACAAUAAGUUGGACAGCAAAGCCAUUGCCAAGCAGUUAGGCAUUUCCUCCCAUGAGAAUGCCACUCCCGUGAAGCUGAUACACAAUUCAGCAGGUCAUCUCAACGGGCCCGCCCGGACAGUUGGGGCUGCUCUGAUUGGAUACUUGGGAGUAAGAACGUUUGUCCCUAAGCCUGUUGCCACUACUUUGCAGUACAUCGGUGGAGCCGCCGCCAUCCUGGGCCUGGUGGCCAUGGCCUCUGACGUGGAGGGGUUGUACGCGGCCGUCAAGGCCCUGGUUUGUGUGGUCAAGAGUAACCCACUAGCCAGCAAAGAGAUGGAGAGGAUCAAGGGCUACCAGUUGCUGGCCAUGCUGCUCAAGAAGAAACGUUCGCUUCUCAACAGCCACAUCCUCCACCUAACUUUCUCUUUGGUGGGGACUGUUGACAGUGGACACGAGACCUCCAUUAUUCCCAAUUCAACCGCUUUUCAGGACCUCCUCUGCGAUUUUGAAGUCUGGCUCCACGCACCGUAUGAACUUCAUCUUUCCUUAUUUGAACACUUCAUCGAACUGCUCACAGAGUCUAGUGAAGCUUCAAAGAAUGCCAAAUUAAUGAGGGAAUUCCAGUUAAUCCCAAAGCUGCUACUGACUCUGCGAGACAUGUCUCUGUCCCAGCCCACUAUCGCUGCCAUCAGUAACGUGCUGAGCUUCUUGCUGCAAGGCUUCCCCAACGGCAAUGACCUGCUCAGGUUUGGCCAGUUUAUUUCUUCUACUUUGCCAACCUUUGCAGUUUGUGAGAAAUUUGUAGUUAUGGAAAUAAAUAAUGAAGAGAAGCUUGACACUGGAACGGAAGAGGAGUUUGGAGGUCUCGUAUCUGCUAAUCUUAUACUUUUGAGGAACAGACUUCUAGAUAUCUUGCUAAAACUAAUUUAUACAUCUAAAGAAAAGACAAGCAUUAAUUUGCAAGCUUGCGAAGAACUGGUCAAGACGCUGGGUUUUGACUGGAUCAUGAUGUUCAUGGAAGAACACUUGCAUUCCACCACAGUCACGGCGGCAAUGAGGAUUCUCGUCGUCCUACUGAGCAAUCAGUCCAUUCUUAUCAAGUUUAAAGAAGGACUCAGUGGCGGAGGAUGGCUCGAACAGACAGAUUCCGUCUUAACCAACAAGAUUGGAACUGUGUUAGGAUUCAACGUGGGCAGGAGUGCUGGCGGGAGAUCGACAGUCAGGGAGAUCAACCGGGAUGCUUGCCAUUUUCCUGGCUUUCCUGUCCUGCAGUCGUUCCUUCCCAAACACACCAAUGUCCCCGCCCUCUAUUUCCUCCUCAUGGCCUUGUUUCUGCAGCAGCCGGUCAGCGAGCUGCCUGAGAACCUGCAGGUCAGUGUGCCUGUCGCCAGCUGCCGAUGUAAGCAGGGUGGCCAGUUUGAUUUGGAUUCUAUUUGGACAUUUAUCUUUGGAGUUCCCGCGUCCAGUGGAACUGUGGUCUCUUCUAUCCAUAAUGUGUGUACAGAAGCUGCUUUUUUAUUAUUGGGAAUGCUUCGCAGCAUGCUGAAUUCACCUUGGCAGUCAGAAGAAGAGGGGUCUUGGCUCCGGGAAUACCCCGUGACCCUGAUGCAGUUCUUCAGAUACCUGUAUCACAACGUGCCCGACCUGGCCUCCAUGUGGAUGAGCCCCGACUUCCUGUGCGCGCUGGCGGCCACGGUCUUCCCCUUCAACAUCCGCCCGUACUCGGAGAUGGUGACCGAUCUUGACGAUGAGGUCGGGUCUCCAGCAGAAGAGUUUAAAGCAUUUGCGGUGGACACAGGCAUGAACCGGAGCCAGUCCGAGUACUGCAAUGUGGGAACCAAGACGUACCUGACCAACCACCCCGCCAAAAAGUUUGUCUUUGACUUCAUGCGGGUCUUAAUAAUAGACAACCUCUGCCUUACCCCCGCCAGCAAGCAAACGCCACUGAUUGAUCUUUUGUUGGAGGCUUCCCCUGAAAGAUCUACAAGAACUCAGCAAAAAGAAUUUCAGACUUACAUUUUGGAUAGUGUGAUGGACCAUUUGCUUGCAGCUGACGUGUUAUUGGGGGAAGACGCCUCUCUGCCUAUCACCAGUGGAGGAAGCUACCAGGUAUUGGUGAACAAUGUGUUCUAUUUCACGCAACGUGUGGUGGACAAGCUUUGGCAAGGCAUGUUCAACAAAGAAUCUAAACUUCUUAUAGAUUUUAUAAUUCAACUAAUUGCACAGGUAAUUCACGGUCACUGUUGGUUUGUACAGUACAAUGUUUUUCCGUCGAAAAACCUUGCCUGUAGCAUCAGAAUUGUUGGAAAUAAGGCAUCUUUCUUCGUGGUACACUGGUUUUAUUUUGUGCACCUGCUGCUCAGACAUCCAGCAGUGUCUGCGCCGCAAGCAUUUCCUUCGUAUCAUUUAAACCGACUGGGCUUUUGCAGCAACGUGGACGGGUUCGGACUGGAAGCGGAAGCCCGCAUGACCACCUGGCACAUCAUGAUCCCCUCCGACGUCGAGCCAGACGGCAGUUACAGCCAGGACAUCAGUGAAGGGCGUCAGCUUCUCAUAAAAGCUGUCAACAGAGUUUGGACUGAGCUGAUUCAUAGCAAGAAACAAGUUUUGGAGGAACUUUUCAAAGUCACUCUGCCUGUGAAUGACAGGGGCCACGUGGACAUCGCCAUAGCCAGGCCGCUCAUUGAAGAAGCCGGUUUGAAGUGCUGGCAGAGUCACCUGGCCCAUGAAAAGAAAUGCGUAAGUCGAGGAGAAGCUUUGGUACCCACGACACAGUCCAAGCUGUCUCGCGUCAGCAGUGGCUUUGGUCUUUCCAAGUUAACAGGAUCAAGGAGGAAUCGAAAGGAAAGUGGUCUAAACAAACACAGUCUUUCCACCCAGGAGAUUUCUCAGUGGAUGUUUACACAUAUCGCUGUUGUUCGUGACUUGGCAGAUACACAGUACAAGGAGUAUCAGGAGCGCCAGCAGAACGCGCUCAAGUACGUGGCGGAGGAGUGGUGCCAGACCGAGGGCGAGCUGCUGCGGGAGCGCGGGCUGUGGGGGCCCCCCAUCGGCUCCCACCUGGACAAGUGGAUGCUGGAGAUGACGGAGGGGCCCUGCCGGAUGAGGAAGAAGAUGGUGCGGAACGACAUGUUCUACAACCAUUACCCGUACGUGCCAGAGGCCGAGCAAGAGACGAACGUGGCGUCUGAGAUCCCAAGUAAACAGCCCGAGACACCCGAUGAUAUCAUUCCUCAAAAGAAACCUGCUCGGUACAGGAGGGCCGUGAGCUACGACAGUAAAGAAUACUACAUGCGACUCGCCUCUGGCAACCCAGCCAUGGUCCAGGACGCCAUCGUGGAGAGCUCGGAAGGCGAAGCUGCCCAGCAAGAGCCUGAGCACGGCGAAGACACCAUCGCCAAGGUCAAAGGUCUGGUCAAGCCUCCCCUGAAGCGCUCCCGCUCCGCGCCCGACGGUGGCGACGAGGAGAACCAGGAGCAGCUGCAGGACCAGAUUGCCGAGGGCAGCUCGAUGGAGGAGGAGGAGAAGACAGACAACGCCACCCUGCUGCGCCUUUUGGAGGAAGGAGAGAAGAUCCAACACAUGUACCGUUGUGCUCGAGUCCAGGGCCUGGAUACCAGUGAAGGGCUGCUACUUUUUGGUAAAGAGCAUUUUUAUGUGAUUGAUGGAUUUACCAUGACAGCAACCAGGGAAAUAAGAGAUAUUGAAACCUUACCUCCAAACAUGCACGAGCCAAUAAUCCCCAGAGGAGCCAGGCAAGGCCCCAGUCAGCUCAAGAGAACGUGCAGCAUUUUUGCAUAUGAAGAUAUCAAAGAAGUACAUAAAAGGAGGUAUCUCCUGCAGCCUAUUGCUGUGGAAGUUUUCUCUGGAGACGGACGGAAUUACCUCCUUGCAUUUCAGAAAGGAAUUAGAAACAAAGUCUAUCAAAGGUUUUUGGCUGUAGUGCCAUCCCUAACCGACAGUUCAGAAUCUGUAUCUGGGCAGCGACCGAACACAAGUGUGGAGCAGGGGUCUGGAUUGCUUAGCACUUUGGUUGGAGAGAAGUCUGUGACUCAGAGAUGGGAGAGAGGUGAAAUCAGCAACUUCCAGUAUUUGAUGCACUUGAACACUUUGGCCGGCAGAUCAUAUAACGAUCUCAUGCAGUACCCUGUCUUCCCCUGGAUCCUUGCAGAUUACGACUCAGAGGUAAAUCUCAAGUCAUUUUCCCUAAGUGGAACACGUACAGGAGAAACUCCCGCCUAUCACUAUGGGACCCACUACUCCUCUGCAAUGAUCGUAGCCUCGUACCUUGUCAGGAUGGAGCCCUUCACACAGAUAUUCCUAAGGCUGCAGGGCGGCCACUUCGACCUGGCGGACCGGAUGUUCCACAGCGUGCGCGAGGCCUGGUACUCGGCGUCCAAGCACAACAUGGCGGACGUGAAGGAGCUUAUUCCAGAGUUUUUUUACUUGCCAGAGUUCCUGUUCAAUUCCAACAACUUCGAUCUAGGCUGUAAACAAAAUGGCACCAAGCUUGGCGACGUCAUCCUUCCACCCUGGGCAAAAGGGGACCCUCGAGAAUUCAUCAGAGUCCACCGCGAGGCUCUGGAGUGCGAUUACGUGAGUGCCCAUCUACACGAGUGGAUCGACUUAAUCUUUGGGUAUAAACAGCAAGGCCCCGCCGCGGUGGAGUCUGUGAAUGUCUUCCACCACCUCUUCUAUGAGGGCCAGGUGGACAUCUACAACAUAAACGACCCACUGAAGGAGACGGCCACCAUCGGGUUCAUCAAUAACUUCGGCCAGAUCCCUAAACAGUUAUUUAAAAAACCGCAUCCACCGAAGAGAGUGAGGAGUCGCCUCAACGGAGACAACGUGGGCAUCUCUGUCCUGCCGGGAUCCACCAGUGACAAGAUCUUUUUUCAUCAUCUAGACAACCUGAGGCCUUCGCUAACGCCCGUAAAAGAGCUCAAAGAGCCCGUGGGACAGAUAGUAUGCACAGAUAAAGGCAUCCUCGCAGUGGAACAGAAUAAGGUUCUCAUCCCACCCACCUGGAACAAAACCUUCGCCUGGGGCUACGCAGACCUCAGCUGCAGGCUGGGAACCUACGAGUCAGACAAGGCCGUGACCGUUUACGAGUGUUUGUCUGAGUGGGGCCAGAUACUCUGCGCCAUCUGCCCCAACCCCAAGCUGGUCAUCACGGGCGGCACGAGCACGGUGGUGUGCGUGUGGGAGAUGGGCACCUCCAAGGAGAAGGCCAAGACGCUGACGCUCAAACAGGCCCUGCUCGGCCACACGGACAGCGUCACCUGCACCACAGCGUCCCUGGCCUAUCACAUCAUCGUCAGCGGGUCCCGCGAUCGCACCUGCAUCAUCUGGGAUUUGAACAAGCUGUCGUUUUUAACCCAGCUCCGGGGCCACCGGGCCCCCGUGUCCGCUCUUUGCAUCAAUGAGCUGACGGGGGACAUCGUGUCCUGCGCCGGCACCUACAUCCACGUGUGGAGCAUCAACGGCAACCCCGUCAUGAGCGUGAACACGUUCACGGGCGGCAGCCAGCACAUCGUGUGCUGCUGCGUGUCGGAGAUGAACGAGUGGGACACGCAGAACGUCAUCGUGACGGGACACUCCGACGGCGUGGUGCGGUUUUGGAGAAUGGAAUUCUUGCAAGUUCCCGAAACACCAGCUCCCGAGCCUGUCGAAGUCCUAGAAAUGCAGGAAGACUGUCCAGAAGCACAAAUAGGGCAGGAAGCCCAAGACGAGGACAGCAGCGACUCGGACGCGGAGGAGCAGAGCGCCAGCCAGGAGCCCCGGGGGGACGCGCCGAGCCAGCCGGGCAGCGCCGGCCACCGGGCCCGGGCCUCCUCCUGCCGCGCCGCGGCCGCCUGGUGCACCGACAGCGGCUCGGACGACUCGCGGCGCUGGUCGGACCAGCUCAGCCUGGACGAGAAGGACGGCUUCAUAUUUGUGAACUACUCGGAGGGCCAGGCCAGAGCCCACCUGCAGGGCCCCCUUAGCCACCCCCACCCCGCCCCGGCCGAGGCGCGGAGUCACAGCAGACUGAAGCCCGGGUACCGGUGGGAGCGGCAGCUGGUGUUCCGGAGCAAGCUGACCAUGCACACGGCCUUCGAUCGCAAGGACAACGCGCACCCCGCCGAGGUCACCGCCCUGGCCAUCUCCAAGGACCACAGCAGGAUCCUCGUGGGCGACAGCCGGGGCCGGGUCUUCAGCUGGUCUGUGAGCGACCAGCCCGGGCGCUCCGCCGCCGACCACUGGGUGAAGGACGAAGGCGGGGACAGCUGCUCGGGCUGCUCGGUGAGGUUCUCGCUCACGGAGAGGCGGCACCACUGCAGGAACUGCGGCCAGCUCUUCUGCCAGAAGUGCAGUCGAUUUCAAUCUGAAAUCAAACGCUUGAAAAUCUCCUCCCCGGUGCGUGUUUGCCAGAACUGCUAUUACAACCUACAGCAUGAGAGGGGUUCGGAAGACGGGCCUCGAAAUUGUUGAAGACUCAGCAAGCUGAUUGGAGACCACGGUCUGUAGACCCCUUCCCGAUAACCCCCGUCACAGCCUGGGAGGCGUUGGAAACAAUCUCCGUUUACACAUCUCUUCAAUACCGCGUGUUUGAAGUGUUGAAUUCAAAAGGGAUCAUUGAAUAAAACGGGUGUAGAGUACAGUUAAAGGGGCACACGCCAUUCAGGCCGACAGCACAAGAAGAACAUGAGGUGGUUCCUAGGAGCAACAUUUUCGAUAUCCAGUUCUCCCUGCUAACCAUAGCUGUCUCCAAGGGAAAAAAAAUCUUCAUUUAUUAACUGUCUUUUUCUUGCAUCUCAUUUUUAUAGAGCUACUUAUCCUUAUUUGGAAAAACCAACAACCACCAAAAAAAAAAAGGCUUUUAGAAAAUGGUUGUAAAUCUGACUUCUUUGCAAGUAACUAUAUAUAUAUUGUAAAUAGGUAUAAAGGCCUUUUUUUUUUUUUUUUCUCUAAAUAAGGACUUAACUGCCUGUCACAUGAAACUUCAAACUAAACCAACUAACUCAGUGAAACUAACUUACGGUUUGUCUGACAUCCUUCCCUUACCAAUCAAUUAUAAAUAUGUUUUUUAAAUCCUCAAAGACAUCAUCUUGUAGUCUUUUUCUUUUCCUUUCAAACCCAGCCUGUGUGCCUGAUGUCAUUUCUUUCAAGUUGCCCACAGUAUCUCCACCUAAACUAGGCUAGUAACCAAAAUAACGCGGACCUUCUGUAGGAAGCAGCGUGUGGGAGAACGGGAGUCCAGCCGUGAGCUAAACCGGAAAUACCUGGGCGUCUCGCACCCGGCCACGCACCACCUCAGUGUUGUUCUGAUGUAGCAAGGCCCCUUUUAAAUGUGUUACGUGGACUGCUGUCUGUUCAGAGCGUACCUGCUUGGCAUUGCGUAAAGGUUUUGGCCAGGUGACCCACGGAGCGCAGGAGAGAGCCCUGCCUCAGCUAAUGGAAAUAUAUUUGCAUGUAACCCCAAAUUAGCUUCUCUUGCAUAGAACAUGAUAAGUAUGUGUCUUUGGCGACACUGAUGUUCUAAUAUAUCUUAUUUUCAAAAAAAGGUUUAAAAAAAAAAACAGUGUACAGAAUUAACAUAUAAAAAAACUUUGUUGUAAAACUGGAUCAUGUCGGAACUGCUUAACCUUUACCAUUUAAUGUCAUCUACCUGAAAACAGUGAGAUUUAUACUGUAUCAAUGUCUAUUUUUUUUGUUUUUGCUAUGAAUAUAAUUACAGUAUUUUAAUAUUUAGUUAUUUAAUUUGUUCUACUAGUUGGAUACAGAACACACAAACCCAGGGGGAUUGAAGCUGGAGGGCGAAGGGAUUAGUUUAGUUUAUAGACAAGAGGCUCCAGUGGUGGGAUCUUUUUAAAUGUGUGUUGUGUACAAAUAUAUAUUAUAUAUAUAUAUAUAUAUAUAUAAAGCAAAUGAAACAGUUAAUCUAGAUUUUAACAUUUUCAGAUACUUAGUGAUAAUAUUAUGAACAAUUCUAAAAGCCCUGUGAUUUGAAAAAUGUAGGAUCAUUAAUGGCCCAAGGAAGGAAGAACAGGCCUUCACGCCCUCAUGGGUGGGGGGAGGUAUUAUGCAAAGGACAGCGGCUUUGGCUUUUCCAACUUUUCAUCUUCAGGCCCUGGUGAGAGGCACAUUUAUGCACUAAAAUGCACAUAAUAUGCACACGCAUUCGAAAAUAGGCAUUCGGUACAAUCGUGAUCUUGUACCUACUGGGCUGAAACCAGCUUAAGAACAAAUAUGUUCUUCCUGAUAACUAGGUCUCCAAGAGAAAAAUACAAAGGCUGCUUUAGUGCCUUAAUGCUUACUAAAUUUAAAUCUUUAUUUACUUAGGUUUGAGCCGACAGUCUAUUUAUGAUUACAUAUCAGAAUCGAUUAAAACACUUCCAUUUCUAAAAGUUCGAAUAUACUUGUUAAUAAAAGGAUUAUUGGCAUUACUACUUUAACUUGAAGAAAAGUUGUGUUCUGUUUUCCUUUCUGUGUCUUACCCCCCCCCUUCCCCAUCACCGUCUGACUUGACUUCUAAUAAGUGAUGCUGAUGUUCUACAGCUGCAGAAAUUGUGCUAUCACGUGACCGCGGGCUUGGCCCCAGAUGCCCCGUAGCAGUGUUAUUCUACGCUUUUUAAAAGACACGUCCCUUUUGUCCAUGAGCCAUGUUUACCCACCACCCCCACCCGGUACCCGAUGGCAGAGGUGUUCUUUUAAGACUUGAACCUAUGAAUGUGUGUAUGUAGUUACUUAAAGGUUACUCCUCUUUGUAAUAUGAGAUUCUAAGGGAUAAAUACUUUUAAACUUUCCGACACAACUUCCGUAACUAGAAGGUGAAAGCCAAAACCCUCACGGUAGUAUUUCCUCUGGCAGCUGGUGCUGUGGGCAACUUUUGUUCAAUCGGGUUUGUUUUCUGUCUUUUGGGUCUUUUAAUUUGGUUUUGGGGGUUUUUGUUUUUUUUGUUUUGUUUUGUUUUCUUGCUUCUAAUGGAGAAAUCCCAGAAUCGCUCACAGAUAUGAACAUAAACUAAUUGUUUCUCUGGAUAUCUUCCUGUUCCAUGUAAAUUUAUUUCCCAGCACACAUUCUCAACAUGUACAUCUUCCUUUGUGUGGUCCGUGUUCUUUCUCUGAGAGUACCUCACAGGGCUCCUGCCUGAUCUUUGUAGUUUGUUUGUCCAUCCAUCCAUUUCAUCCAUGUACCCUAACAUCCGUGUGUAGUGUGCAACUAUAAUGUCAUGCCUUUGGAGAGGAGAAGAGCUGCCCAUAGCAGCCAUCCGUCUGGAUAAUAGCAAAACACUCUAGAAUAAGUUAUUUUGCACUUUCUUAUGUAUAAAGUUGGUAGAAACUUAUUUUUGCUUUGUAUCAUUUAAAUACAUUUUGUUUUGGUAAAAUGAACUGUGUAUAAAAUAUUUAUGCCGUUAAAACUGUUUUUAGAAAGUAUUUUUAAUUUCAGCAAGUUUGGUUACUUGUUGCAUGACUAUUAUUAACACAGCUGACUUUUUGUGUCAGGGCAAUGUAUAUUUUUUGUCUUGUUAUUAACUUGUAAGCCCUAGUAUUGGCCAAUUGUUUGUACAGCAAAGAAGUAAAUUGAAGACACUGGCUAAGACUGGAUUGACUGUGGGCUUUUGUACUAUAUUGCAGAAUCCAAUAUCUGUUUUUUGGUGGUUAUGUAAAAGGCCUGAAGAAUUACUAUCCAGUGUGCAAUCUGUGAUAUCUGAAUGUUCAUUGUAUAUCUGUCUCUGAUGCAAAAAGGUAGAGUAACACAAUUACGUGAUUAAAUGCAA